CCGGGACAAGAGCGCCAGGAGCCCCGGCCGCUGCCCGGCCCCAGAGCCGCUGAGCCAAGCCGCGGGGCUGCAGCUGCUGCGCCAGCAGGGCGCAGCCAACGGGGCAGCCGAGCGGCCGGGGGCCAGGCGCGCCCAUGGGCAGCCGCCCCCGCGAGUGGCACGGCCAGCCGCCCCCGGCCCCGGACGAGGCACCUGUGCCGCAGGACAACGGGCUGGCUGGGGGGAGGAGGAGGCGGCGGCGGCGCCACUGGCCGGCCGAUGCCCCCAGCAGCGUCCGGAGCAGCUGGAGAGGGGGCCAGGGCGCAGCAUCCCUGCCCGAUGCUUUCAAAGCGGCGGCCUCCGGCCGGGCACCUGAGUCUGCCCCGGGGGAUGGCGACUUGAUGGGCAAGCGGGUCCCGGCCUACGGCUCCUCAGAGGAGAGCGAGAUCAACAUCACCAGCGACGAGGAGAGGCAGGGGGCCUGCCGAGCCCCCAGCAGGCCGGAGAACGCCCGCGCCCUGGCAGUGCCCAGGCCGCCCUGGGCAGCAGCCCCCCCGCCGGGCACCGUCUGCUACAUCUGCGGCAGCCCCUUGUCCCCGGCGGGCCAGCACCAGAUCCACGUGCAGAAACAGGAGAAGACCUCCAAGGCCCCCUUCUUCCCUUUCCUGUGGCUGCACAGUCCGCCCCUGGGGGCCCUGCCCAUCAGCCCCGCGGGCAGCACCCUGGUCUGCUCCUGCUGCUUCACCUCCCUCAUGCAGCAGUGGCAGAGCUUCGAGGUGGCCAGCGUGCCGGUCCUGCAGCGGCUCUACGUGGUGCCGCUGGAUGCCAGCGCAGUGGGCAUGCCGCCCAAAGGGAGGAGGGCCCAGAAAGAGGAGGGUGCCCCUGCCCUGCUGCAGGAAGCCUGCUACCUCUGUGGGGAGGAUUGUAGCAAGGAGGCCAGGCCGGUCUCUGCUAAGCUCACCAAUGGCAAUGCUAAAAACACCAUGCACUUCCCCUUCCUCAGCCACCUGCCUUGCCCUCCCAGCGCCAAGGGGCUGAACAAGCAUGGGGAGGUGCGCAGCUGCAGGAAGUGCUAUGGGGUGCUGCAGGACCUGUGGGCCAUGUACCGGGCGUGCCGCAACGAGGAGCUCAUCACCUCAGUGCAGAGCUUCCUGGGGAGGUAUCACCAGGUCUUCUCCACCGGGGAUCCCAGCAGCACUGCCAUGCACCCUUCGGCCACCUCAGGCCCUGCCUCUGUCUGUUACAUCUGCGGAGCUGAGCUGGGAGCCGGCAAAGAGUUCCAGCUCAACGUCAACCCGCCAGGGCGCUUUGGGGAGAAGGAGCCUUUCUUCCCCUUCCUCACCGUCUACCCCCCGGCCCCCAGGGCCAGGCCUGCAGACUCCACUGGGCUGGUAGCUACCUGUGUGCUCUGCUACCAUGACCUCCUAGGCCAGUGGCUGCAGCACGAAAGCAGGAAUUCCCACCAUCCCAGCAGCGCCUGGUCCAGGCAGUACAAAGUGGAGACCUUCGUGUGCUUCUUCUGCCGGCAGGAGAAGAAGCGGUGCCUUGGAUUAAAAGCAGUGCAGGUUGCCCGGCUCCCUGUGUUUCUGUACACCCUCCGCAUGGCCAACAGCUUACUGGUGGAUGAUGGUAAAGAACUGACCAUUGGAGCAUGUGCAGAAUGUGGGGCGGUGGUGCUUGCUGGCAAAAGCAUGACACCUCCGGACUUUCUGGCUAUGACACCCCCAGCCAGUCUCCCAAAGGCAUUGUCCUCUUCUCUGGAGACACCUGCUGUGAAGCCUUCCGCCAGCGAGCCCAGACAGCGACUGGCGGGCACUGGGGAGAGCCCAGGUGCAAGGAACGGAGCUGCCCAGGAGAUUGGCUCUGACCGCGGCCAGCAGAGCGUGGAUGUGGAAGGCGCAGACCUGGGAGCUACAAGCAUGAGCCAUGAGCCAAAGUCACCUUCACUAGGAAUGCUCUCCACCGCGACCCGGACCACGGCCACCGUCAGCCCCCUGACCCCUUCUCCUCUCAAUGGCUCCCUUGUGCCCAAUGGCAGCCCAGCGGCCAACAGCUCCUUGUCAGUCCAGUCAGCGCCUUCCUCCAGCUUCGCUGCCGCCCUGCGCAAACUGGCCAAACAGGCAGAGGAACCCAGAGGGUCUUCGAUAAGCAGCGAGUCUUCCCCCGUCUCCUCGCCAGCCACCAACCACAGCUCCCCUGCCAGCACACCCAAGCGAGGACCCAUGGGCCCCAUCAUCGUCCCCCCUGGGGGGCACAGCGUGCCUAGCACGCCCCCUGUGGUGACCAUCGCCCCAACGAAAACGGUGAACGGGGUCUGGAGAAGUGAAGGCAGACAGCAAGAAGCAGGAUCGAGAGGCAGCAGCAGCCGGGAGCGCCUGAUCGCCGAGCCUCCACUCCCACAGGAGAAAGCCGGGGGUCCCGCUGUCCCUUCUCACCUCCUCGGGACGCCUUACUCCUUCGGGAUCCCCCCCACCUCCGUCGUCCAGGAUUCCCGCUUCCCGCCUUUAAACAGCCUGCAGCGGCCUGUACACCAUGUGGUGCCUCCCAGCGCGGUCACGGAAGAUUACCUGCGGAGCUUCCGGCCCUACCACACUGCUGAGGAACUCCGUAUGUCCUCCCUGCCGCCCAUCAGCCUGGAUCCGGCCACCGCCGCCGCUUACUACCACCCCGGCUACCUGGCCCACCACCCCUUCCCUCACCCAGCCUUCAGGAUGGAUGAAUCCUACUGCCUUUCGGCCCUGCGGUCCCCCUUCUACCCGAUCCCAACCCCGGGUUCGCUCCCACCUCUUCAUCCUUCAGCCAUGCACCUCCAUCUGUCGGGAGUGAGGUACCCCACCGAGCUGCCCCACUCGUCGCUCUCUGCCCUUCAGUCCGAGCGGAUGUCCAGUCUGACUGCGGAGAGGCUGCAGAUGGACGAGGAGCUGAGGCAGCGCGAGAGGGAACGCGAGAGGGAGCGCGAGAAGGAGCGGGAGCGGGAAGCCGACCGGGAGCGGGAGAAGGAGCGCGAGCGGGAGAGAGAGCGGGAGAAGGAGCUUGAGCGGGAGCGGGAGAAGGAGAGGGAGCGGGAGAGAGAGCUGGAGAGACAACGAGAAAGGGCCCGGGAGAAGGAGAUGAACCUGGCCAAAGCCAUGGAGAGCCCAUUUCUGCCAGUGGCAGAGCUGCACGGGCUGAGGAGCCAUCCGGCGGAGGAGCGUGUGAAACCAGCCGAGCAGCUGACGCCAAACAGACCAGAGAAACCCAAGGACACGACCAUCCCAACUCCUAAGCCCGUCCAGCACCCCUUGCACCAGCCGCCCGCCUCCCACCAUCCCGUGCCCAGCCUCAUUUCCAGCCACAGCGUCUUCCCCCUCCCCGGGAGCAGCGCAGCCACAGCUCUUCUCAUCCAGCGCACCAACGAGGAGGAGAAGUGGCUGGCGCGCCAGCGUCGGCUGCGGCAGGAGAAGGAGGACCGCCAGUCCCAGGUGUCGGAGUUCCGGCAGCAAGUGCUGGAGCAGCACCUGGAGAUCGGGCGGCCGCCGAACCAGCCGGAAGCUGAGCACCGGCCGGAGAACCCCAGAUCAGGACCAAACCGCCAUGAGCCAAGUGGCCGAGACCAACCACAGCACUUUGGAGGGCCCCCUCCGCUCAUCUCUCCCAAACCUCAGCAUCACCCAGUGCCCACCUCGCUCUGGAACCCUGUGUCCUUGCUGGAGAACAACAUGGAGCCGCGCAGGAUCCAGGAGAAUCACUCUCUCCAUGCCCACCCUGCCCAGUACGAGCCCAGCCGACAAGCCAUCCCCUUGGUGAAGGUGGAACGAGUAUACUGCCCCGAGAAGCUGGACGAAGGGGCCAGAAAGAGAGAGACACUGGACAAAUACCAGCCUGCCAGGGAGCCUGGGGCGUCGGAACAUGGUGGGUUCUCCCAUGGGCCCUUCCUGGCAGAACUGGAAAAGUCCACACAGACCAUCCUUAACCAACAGAGGGCAUCGCUCUCCCAGCCGGGGCAGUUUGCUGAGGUCAGCCUGCCCAGCAAGCCUAGCUCACCUUACCGGCACCCGCUGCCCAGGGCCCACGACCCCAUGUACGUUUACGAUGAGUUCCUGCAGCAACACCGUAAACUAGUCAGUAAACUGGACCUGGAGGAGCGGAGGCGGAGAGAAGCCAGGGAGAAAGGCUAUUACUAUGACCUGGAUGACUCCUACGACGAGAGUGAUGAGGAGGAAGUGAGAGCCCAUCUCCGGUGCGUUGCCGAGCAGCCCCCGCUGAAGCUGGAUACUUCCUCGGAGAAAUUGGAGUUCCUGCAGCUUUUUGGCCUGACCACCCAGCAGCAGAAGGAGGAGCUGCUGACUCAGAAGAGGAGGAAGAGGCGGAGGAUGCUGAGGGAGAGGAGUCCAUCCCCUCCCACAGUCCAGAACAAACGUCGGACGCCCUCACCGCGGCUCCCACUCUCCACGCGCUACAGCCCGGACGAAAUGAACAACAGCCCCAACUUCGAGGAGAAGAAGAGGUUCCUGACCAUCUUCAACCUGACUCACAUCAGCGCAGAGAAAAGGAAAGAUAAAGAGAAACUGGUGGAAAUGCUCCAUGCCAUGAAGCAGAAAAGUGUGACGGCAGCAGUGGUGGUGAAAAGCUCCCCGCGGGACAGUCCCAGUCUCAACCCAGCUGAGCUCCAGGUGCAGCAAUUUCCUGUGGAUUCAGAUAAACCUGUUGGUAUCACUGCCUCCUUGCCAGACACUCAAAAGACAUCAGAGCCCAGUCGAUUAGAACAGCUGAGACCACACGAGCUCCAGAGGGCCAAGGAACCAGCUCCGGUCUCUGCUGAGAAGCCCAGGCUGAACGAUGGGCACACCGGGAAGAAGAGCCUGAGCAUAUUCAAUUAUGUCAGGGGCCCUUUGCCUAAGGAUAUCCCGGUGCCACUCUCUCACAGCAUGAAUGGGAAGAAUAAGCCAUGGGAGCCCUUCAUAGCUGAGGAAUUUGCACAUCAGUUUCACGAGUCUGUGCUGCAGUCCACACAGAAAGCAUUGCAGAAGCACAAAGGAAGUGCAGCAGCACUUACUGCAGAGCAGAACCACAAAAUUGACACCUCUAUCCAUUACAACAUUCCUGAGCUUCAGACCUCAAGCAGGGUCCAGCUGCCUCAACAGAAUGGGCAGCAAGACACCCCACUGGCACGGAAGGGGCUCAUCCCACCCGAACAGGACAAGGACUCUGACUCAGAGGGGGAGGAGGAGGAGGAGGAAGAAGAGGAGGAAGAGGAGUACCCUAGACCUAAAUGGCAGGGGAUUGAGGCAAUCUUCGAAGCUUAUCAGGAACAUAUAGAAGAACAAAACCUGGAACGCCAAGUGUUGCAGACACAGUGCCGACGGCUGGAGGCCCAGCAUUACAGUCUCAGUCUGACUGCAGAGCAGCUGUCACACAGCAUGGCGGAACUAAGGAACCAGAAGCAGAAGAUUGUCUCGGAAAGGGAGCGACUUCAGGCCGAACUAGAUCACUUGAGAAAGUGCCUUGCGUUGCCUGCAAUGCAGUGGUCUAGGGGUUAUUUCAAGGGAUAUCCCAGGUGACGCUCCCUUGCACUAGGCUGAACAUAUAGUAUAGAAAUAAUAAUCUAUUUUAUUACCUUGAAUAUUUAAUAUUUUUCACUGGGAGGUUUGAAGCUAAAAUAUAAAUGGAGAAUGUGCCAUGCAUGGAGCAAAGGAUUAUGGGAUCCAGAAAAAAUACCCACCUCUAUCUUGACUUCAAUGCAACUGAAUCUUUGUAAUUCUGCAAGCAACCCACAACCCACCCAUGAAGGCUAGAUUUUGUUUAAUUUUAAUGAGGGGUGCUUUUUUCCUCCUUCCCCUCCACUUUUUAAUUAUUAUUUUUUAAAUCUGAUAAGACUUCAUCAACAACACUAAUAGCCACCUCCCUGUAGAGAGGGUGCUGUCCACACACAAAAUCAUUCUUUUGUUGCCAUAUUAGUCCAACUACUGUACCAUGGGGUUUGCCUGUUCUUCACGGGGAAGAUGGUGUGUCUCGUGUUAAGAGGAAGUUGGGUAUACUUUUGAAAGCAAAUGAACUGUGUAUCUCCGAUACGGAAAGCUGUGGUAGUGAUCUGCAGAGUAACAAGUCCUGGAAGGAGCCAACACAGCUUCAGAACUUGAGCCUUUUCCUAAAUCAACAGGCUUUCCACUGGAAAUGCACUUCGCUAUAAAAAAAUAAAGUGAAUAAACAAACCGAAGGUACCUUUUUAUUACUGUUUUGGGGGGUAGGGAACGGAAUGUACAGAACAACAAUACACACACACCUAGAGAGAGAGAGAGACAAAUUACAUACCCUAGUGGGUGAACUUUUCAUACAAACUCAAACGAUUUUGCAAUUAAAAAAAAAAAGUCAAAAAGGUGCUUCAGCCUUGUACUGUGUAUAUAUUUAAAAAGUUUUGUAUGUUUUUAUUACUUUAAUUAUUGUUAUAAAAAGCUUGCCAUUUUUAA